GUUUCGAUCCCGCAAUAAAGCAAAAUAGAAACCGGAUUAAAUUCUUUAUUAUCUUACACAGUUCCUUAUUUUGAGAUCAUAUGCUAAGAAAGCUCAAGUGUUAUAGUUCGUUUCACUAAAAUGGACGCGUCAAGCACUGGCACUAGCUCGCCAGGUUUGAUGGCAGCGCCGCCGCUGUUGCCCCCGCCGAUGUUAGGCGGGCUAGCACCCCCGAUGCCGCCGCAAGUGGCGAUGCCCCCGGUACCCGGGAUUACUCCAACGAUGGCUGCGAUGCCUCCACCUAUGGGCUUUCCACCUAUGAUACCUCCGUUCUCGAUGCCUCCACCGGGGUUUCCACCAUUUAAACCCGAUCUAACUGCUCCAGCACCAGAAAUUGCUCCUAUAUCAAACCACACCAGUCCCUGGUCAGAGCACAAGGCUCCUGACGGCAGAACAUAUUACUACAACUCUGUGUCUAAGCAGAGUCUCUGGGAAAAGCCAGAUGAUCUGAAAACUCCUGCUGAGAAACUGCUUUCUGCCUGUGUGUGGAAAGAGUAUACAACAGAUGCUGGCCGGCUGUACUACCACAACAUUGAGACCAAAGAAUCCAGUUGGGUGGUGCCUGCGGAGCUGCAGGAGAUCAAAGAUAAGAUAGCUGCAGAGGAAGCUGCACAAGCAGCAUUAAACGGAGACCUGCCUCCCGGAGAGGUGCCUCUGCCAGGGUCUCCAGCGGUGCCCAGCACUGGCAGCUCAGCCCUUGAUGAAGCCAUGGCCAAGACCCUUGCUGCUAUAGAUCCCUCUAUUGUCGGCUCUAUACCUAUACCAGAUGACAUUGAGCCAGAAGACGUUGCAUCACCAGCUCAGGCUCCCGGGGAAGCAAGCGACGCCGUCGCUGAACCACAGUACAAGGACAAGAAAGAAGCUAUUGAAGCUUUCAAAGAACUGCUCAAAGAUAAAAAUAUAUCAUCAAACGCUACAUGGGAACAAUGUGUGAAAAUUAUAUCAAAAGACCCGCGGUAUGCCAUAUUUAAAAAACUCAAUGAGAAAAAACAAGCUUUUAAUGCAUACAAAACACAGAAGAUUAAAGAUGAGAGAGAAGAAUUAAGGUUAAAAACAAAGAAGAAUCGUGAAAAUCUUGAAGAAUUCUUGCUGAGUUGCGACCGUGUCACGUCCAUGACAAAGUAUUACAAAUGCGAUGACAUGUUUAGCAACCUAGAGAUAUGGCGAUGUGUACCAGAGUCGGACCGUAGGGACAUUUUUGAAGACUGCAUAUUUACGAUAGCAAAACGCGAAAAAGAGGAAGCAAAGGCAUUGAAGAAACGAAAUAUGAAAAUGUUAGCACAGGUAUUGGAGAACAUGAGCGAGAUCACAUACAGCAGCACGUGGAGCGAGGCGCAGGUGCUCCUGUUGGAGAACUCCGCCUUCAAGAACGACGUCAGUCUGCUCGGCAUGGACAAGGAGGACGCGCUCAUAGUUUUUGAACAGCACAUAAAGAACAUGGAAGCCGAAUAUUUACAAGAAAAAGAACAGCUCAAAAAGAGAAACAAAAGGCAGCAGAGGAAAAACAGGGAUAACUUUUUGGCGUUGCUGGACAGUCUACAUGAGGAGGGCAAAUUGACGUCGAUGUCGCUGUGGGUAGAGCUGUACCCCGUCAUCUCGGCCGACAUGCGCUUCUCUGCUAUGCUAGGUCAAACAGGUUCAACCCCACUAGACCUAUUCAAGUUCUACGUCGAGAACUUAAAGGCGCGCUUCCACGACGAGAAGAAGGUCAUCAAGGAGAUCCUCAAGGAGAAGCAGUUCGAAGUGAAACCGGACACCAGCUUCGAGGAGUUCGCCACCGUGGUGUGCGAGGACAGCAAGUCGGCCGCCUUGGACGCCGGCAACGUCAAGCUCACGUAUAACUCGUUGCUAGAGAAGGCUGAAGCAAGAAACAAAGAGAAAAUUAAAGAGGAAUCCAAGGCCCAGAAGAAGGUAGAAAGCGCAUUCAAAUGGGCACUGAGCGAAGCGAACGUGGACCACCAGCUGCCGUGGAGCGAAGUCAAGGAAAAGCUGGACUUGGAGGCGCCGGAGUUCGCCGCCGUGCCAAGUGAAGAGGACCGCCUUAGGAUAUACAAGGACUUCCAACACGAGCAGGAGGAGAGCUGCAUGCACUACCACCACCCGAAGCCGCGGAAGGCUAAGCGCUCCAAGAAAAAGAAGCGUUCACGCUCCCAAUCUCUGUCGCCGUCCAAGUCGCGGUCGGGCACGCCGGCGCCGGCGCCGCGCUCGGCGUCGCCGGGCGCCGCCAGCGCCGCCUCGUGGAGCUCGGAGGAGCGCAAACACAAGAAGUCCAAGAAGAAGCACAAGAAACCGCGCGACGAGCCCACACCCCGUUCGGCGUCACCAGAAGAAGGCGGUAUCUCGGACUCUUCGCCGCCGCCUCAAAAGAAGAAGAAGAGCAAACGCAGCGCGCCCGCCUCCCCCGUCGCCGACUCCGACCACGCCUACAAGCCCAAGAAGAAGAAAGAGAAACGCGAUAAGAAGGACAAGGAGAGAGGGGCGGCGUCGGCGACGACGACGGCGUGGAGCGACGCGGAGCUGGAGUCGCGGCGCGCGGCGCUGCUGGCGCAGCUGCACGAGCACGAGGCGGACUGACGCAGCGUCACGCACGUGCGCAUCUACAACGCCUACCCGCGGCCGCUGCACCACCACGAGACCAAGCACUGGCCCCGAGACCACACCUCCUCGGAUGAAGAAUAAACACAUACACUUUGAGAACCCCUCGACUAUAUUCGGCGGUUUGGCCAUUCGUCAUUAUCUUGCUGCACUCACGACUAUAUUAUAAUGAAUGCGAGCCAUUCUCCUCAUCAAUCAUUUAAAAUAAUGAGAGAAGCCACAACAUCUUAUCAGUUUUCGAUGAUGAUUAUGGCGCCUGCAUUUUGCUGCCUGUCAAAAUUACUCUGCAAAAACAUUUUGAAAUAGGAAUGGCACACGAUAAAACUAAACUGAACAGUUGCUUUUAUACUUUACCGUAGACGUCCACAGCAACAGUACGUUUUACUGUCACGAUAAAACGGGACCGAAAUGAAUGAAAUUGUAUGCAGUGCGGUAAUUUUGAAGAGAUACAAUCAAUCUAAAUCCCCUACUCUAUCGUGACGAUAAGACUUGUCGAUGUCACGGACGUCCACGGUAAAGUAUAAAAGAGAUCAUCAAGUAGAAAUUCGUCCGAAUUUUCUAAAUGUAAGUUGCUAAGGAUAAUGACGGUGGUACAAACGCACGAAUGUUCGACUAACAUGACAUAACCUCCUAAGGCCCAGUUAUACAAAUUAAAAAUACAAAAUUAGCCAUUGAAAUUUGAACCAAUUGUGUAGGAAAUACAGUUGAUUUUGCAUUGUUGGAAAAUUGAAAGAAACAAAGCAAAAGCGACUCUGUUCUGAAUUGAAUAGGAUUUCAAUUUGAUCGAACUGAUGAGGUACUAUAAGUAGGACCCUGGGCCUUAGGAGGAUAAUUUAACCAAAAAAUUUUGUAGUAGCAAGGCUACUUGUUCUAAUAGAUUCUUUAUCCCAAUGCUCUUCGGUUCGUAAUUCGUAUACUUAAUAUUCAUGCCUGUUUAAAGACGUGUUUUGAUUUCUGAUUACUUUAGUACUUUUUAAUACCUUCAUACAAUUAUUUAUAGAACUUUUCAGAAUUGAGUAAGUAUGAAAUGAUACUUAUAAUAUGGGUGAUAUUUAUAAACACCAUUCUAUUGAAAAAGUCCAAGUCCAAGAAAACACUUAUUUCGCAUAAG